AUCACGAUUACAAUUUCUUGGAUUUCCUUCCUUUUGUUUCUCACGCAAAAAGCGUUCCUUCCACUUCCCCACCUUCUAACGGCAGAUUUCUCACACAAACCGUGUUCCUUCCCCUUCCCCACAUUCUAACAGAGGACUAUCAAAAUGCUGUCCACCAUAACGCCCAAACCCAUUCUUAAUCGCCUUUACUCUAUAACACCAACCCUUUCUAUAUCCCCUCCUUUUGCUCUACCUGUGUUCCACGGUUUCAAAACUUUAGCCCUUCAGCUAGCUAACGCCAACCUCUCUCUCUUCCAAAGACAGUUUCAAAACUUCAGACCUUUGGCUUUCUAAAACAGUAUAUUUGAUGAUUCACUUCAGACCUUUAAAACUUGAAUGCAGCACUAGGUGAGAGCUAUUGAAGAGGGGGCAGAUUUCAAAGAAACAGACAUCCUCGGCAGUUAAGAUGGAGUGCUGAUAUGCUCCCAUGUGUAACACUGGAUCUCGAUAAUAGAACAAAUAUUGCAAACUUCAGUCAGUUUGCUGAUCGAAAAAGAACUUAUGAGAUCCAAGGUGUGACUAUGACUAGGUGUAUGUCUCUCAAUUUCUGGCUUAAUAUUACUGCACAUCUGUUUUAUUAAGUCCUUUUUUAUAUGAAAACUGGGGUAUAAAUCUAUUCAAUUAUUUUAAAGUUUUCUCUUUCUUCUUUUCCCCUUUGGUUUCAGGUUACUAUGGUGAGAAUUACAAAAAGAGUCAUUAAUACUUUACUUUGCCAAAAUAUAUUUUAGCAAGGUGGUUAGAAAUUUACGAUUAGUAUGUCUUGAUUAUGUUCAAUUCAGUUUUAUGUUACAUCAAGGCAUUUGUUUUUGAUAGUUUGGGAACCAUUCCACCUGAAAAUCUCUCUUUUAUUUGUUUUGUUUAAAAUUAUUAUCUUUUAAUGCAAGAUGCAAUGCCUCAGAUUAUGCAAAGGAAUAUGAUGGUGUCUGCCUUUAAAUGUGAUUGUCAUGUAUAAUCCAAUUGCAUAGGGGCUCUUCUUUCUUGUCCAAUGGAUAUACUGUAACCUUCCAAGAGUCAUAAGACUCUAAAGAAUCCUAAUUUACAAGUUUGUGAUUGUGUUCCUUUACAUGGGGUUUUCUGUGUGGAACUUCGUUAAUUUUGCAUUUAUAAAUGUGCUGAUCUUAUCAAUAUACCUUGUUGCCUCAAGUUCAUGUGGAUGGAACAGCUACCAUGUCUAUCCAAGAAAGAAAAGCAAGUAUAAGAGAGUUUUAUGGAAAAAUCAAAUCUCGUCUUUUUAUACAUAUCUGUAGCCUGAUCAAACUCUCUAUUCUGAGCCUAUUACAGCAUAACCAACCUAUUAAGAUGUCUAAGUGGGCUGAUCUUUCACAUUUUAUCCUCUAUGAAAUAAUCUGUCGACUAUCUUUCUUUGAUGAUGUCUUCAUUUUUGGUGCUGUCUGCAAGUCGUGGCAAUCAGUUGUUAAUUCAUUGGAGAAACCUCUAUUGCCUCCUAAAUGUCCUUGGCUUAUGCUUGCUGAAAGAGAACGAGGCAAUAAAGAAAGGCAGAUACGAAGCUUUUUCAAGUUAUCAGAUGCUAGAACUUACAAUUUCAAGUUGCCUGAGCUUGUUGGAAGAAAAAGCUAUGGAGCAUCUUUGGGAUGGUUGCUCACUAUAGGCACUGAUUUACAGAUUAAUCUCUUUCAUCCAUUGUCUAAACAGCUAAUAGCUCUUCCACCUCAACCUACCUUUUGCUGUCAAUACGAUGGUAAAGUUGAGCGCAUGUAUCUUCGUAAAAACUUUGUUUCUAAGUGUGUUUUGUCAAGGAGUCCGUGGAACUCAAUAACUCAUGAAUAUGAUCGUGAUUGCAUAAUCAUGACAAUCUAUGGUGGAAAAAAAUUACUGGCCUUCACUAGACUGGGAUAUAAAGCUUGGAUUGAUAUAAAAAGUCCUACUCGAUGUUAUGAUGACAUUGCAUUCUACAAGGGAAAAUUUUAUGUGGUAGAUUGUCAUGGUGAAGUUUUUGUUUGUCGCACUGAUGAUAACCGAAAGCUAGAAUUUAAAGUUAUUGUGCCACGUCCAAAGGGAACCAAGGGUACUACCCAGAAGUAUAUUGUUAUAUCAUCAGGAGCUCUUUUGUUGGUUUCACGAAUGCGAGGUGGUCCUUGUUCUUCACUAGGACGCGACCGUAACUAUGAAGAAAAUGAAUUCAAUAAUGAAGACUCCAAAGAUGAUACCGAGGAUGAGGAUGCUUUUGAAGAUGAAUCUGAAGAAGAAGAAGAAGAAGAAGAAGAAGAAGGAGGAGGAGGAGGAGGAGGAGGAAAAGAAGAAGAAUACAUCAAUGAUAAUGCCUAUCUGACAAUUGGGUUCACAGUUCUAAAGUUGAAACGGUGUACUCAAGCAGGAAGCAAAUAUAGAUACAAAUGGGUGAAGGUUCACAGCUUGGGAGAUCAAGCAUUGUUUGUGGGUGAUAACUCUUCGGUGUCUUUGUCUGCAUCAAGCUUCAAUGGGUGCAAAGCUAAUUGUAUCUAUUUUACAGAUGAUAAACUAAAUUAUGCGUGUACCUUAGAGGGUGGUGGGUAUGACAUAGGUGCAUUUAGAAUGCAAGAGAGGAAAAUUGAGCACCCAUACCCUGGUGAAUCCCUCUCUUUCUUUUCUACCCCACUUUGGUAUAUUUAACUUAUAUUUAUGCAAUGCAUAUGUUGGUUUUAAUCAAAAAAGCUAGCGAAAGUGGGUAAAGUUGUUGGUCUUUAGAUGUGCUUAUAUUUAUUGAACUCGGAAGUUGUAAAACUAGUAAUUUACAUCUAUGCAAUCUAUUUAUUGUAUAAUAA